AUGGCUUCUACAACUGCUGCUUCUGCUUUCCUUCAAUUCCACUCUCUUUCUUCUAAUCCUCAACUUUUCCUCACCAAAUUCCAUAAUUACCCUAUCUCCCUUUCUUCUUCUUCCAAACGGACUUCCAAUUAUAAGCGCGUUUGCGCAAAAGCUGUUUCUACCGACUCACAAAAACCUCUCACACAAAGUAAUCAAAACACUCCCUCAUCAUCAUCAUCCAAACUGGUUCUUGUUCUUGGUGCUUCAGGAGGUGUAGGGCAGCUUGUUCUCGCUUCACUGCUUCAGCGGAAUAUUAAGUCACGGGUGAUACUUAGGGAUCUUGAGAAAGCCAAGGCAUUGUUUGGUGAACAGGAUGAGGAGAGACUGCAGGUAUUCAAAGGAGACACAAGGAAGCAUGAAGAUUUGGAUCCAUCUAUGUUUGAGGGAGUCACUCAUGUGAUUUGCUGCACAGGAACAACAGCUUUUCCUUCGAGGCGGUGGGAUGAUGAGAAUACACCAGAAAGGGUUGAUUGGGUGGGAGUGAAGAAUCUAAUAUCUGCAUUACCUUCCUCGGUGAAGAGAGUUGUUCUUGUGUCAUCAAUUGGUGUAACCAAGUGUAAAGAAUUACCAUGGAGCAUUAUGAACCUAUUUGGCGUCUUGAAGUAUAAGAAGAUGGGGGAGGAUUUUCUUCAGAGUUCUGGCUUUCCAUUUACCAUAAUUAGACCUGGAAGAUUGACUGAUGGACCAUACACAUCUUAUGAUCUCAAUACUUUACUCAAAGCAACAGCUGGUCAACGGCGAGCAGUCCUUAUAGGUCAAGGAGAUAAGCUAGUGGGAGAGGCUAGCAGAAUUGUGGUUGCUGAAGCUUGCAUACAGGCACUAGAUCUUGAAGUCACUGAAAACCAAAUAUUUGAAGUUAACUCUGUUGAGGGGGAAGGUCCUGGAAAUGAUGCUCAGAAAUGGCGAGAAUUAUUCGAGGCGGCGCGUUCUAGCUAA